AUGGAUCAGCAGAGAUUCCUGCAGCAGCUUCAGAUCGUUCUGAACCCUGCCCAGGGCAACGUUAAGGAAGCAACUGGUAUCCUCCAGCGGGAAUUCUACAACAAGCCUGAAUCUCUCGUUCUCCUUAUUCAGAUCGCCACCGGUCAUGAGGAUCCCAACCUGAGGCAGCUGGCCGCCGUCGAGGCUCGCUCGUUGGUCAACAAGCACUGGGUUUCGGUCCAGGGUGCCCAGAAGCCUCAGAUCCGUGAGCAGCUGCUGCGCUCCACGAUGAGCGAGGGCUCCUCACUCGUCCGUCACUCCAUUGCCCGGAUUAUCUCUGCUGUCGCUCGGGUCGACCUGAACGACGGCGAGUGGGCCGAGCUGCCCAAUUUCCUGGUGCAGGCUGGCAACAGCGGCAACAAGGAUGAGCGUGGCGUGGCUAUCUACAUUCUGUUUACCAUUCUGGAGACUCUGGGUGAGAGCCUCGAGGAGAAGUUCUCGGAUCUUUUUGCCCUGUUCAACAAGACCAUCCGCGACCCUGAGAGCGAGGAAGUCCGCGUCAACACCCUUCUCGCCCUGAGCAAGCUUGCCAUGCACCUUGACUCCGAGGAGGAUGUUGCUCCCGUCAAGGCCUUCCAGGACAUCGUUCCCUCCAUGGUCGCUGUUCUGAAGGACUCGAUCCACCAGAAGCAGGAGGACCGUGUUAUGCAGGCCUUUGAGGUCUUCCAGACUCUCCUUGGCUGUGACCCCGCUCUCCUGACUGUCCACCUUAAGGACCUUGUUAUCUUCAUGAACGAGCUUGCUGCCAACACAGAGGUCGAUGAGGAUACUCGUACUCAGGCCAUCAGCUUCCUUAUGCAGUGCGUUCAGUACCGUAAGCUCAAGAUCCAGGGCAUGCGUAUUGGCGAGCAGCUCACCCGCACCGCCCUCCACAUCGUCACCGAGCUCGGUGACACUUCCUCAGACGAUGACGAUAUCACUCCCGCCCGGUCCGCUCUCGGCUUGCUUGAUAUGCUCGCCCAGAGUCUACCUCCCAGCCAAGUUGUUGUGCCUCUUCUUCACGCCCUGGGCCAGUACUUCAACAACAGCAACCCUGACUACCGCCGGGCCGGUAUCAUGGCGCUUGGAAUGUGUGUUGAGGGCGCUCCUGACUUCAUCAGCACUCAGAUGAAGGACAUCUUCCCCAUGGUUCUGCAGCUGCUCGCUGAUCCCGAACCCAAGGUCCGCCAAGCCUCCUUGCACGCCGUGGCUCGUCUUGCCGAUGACCUCGCUGAGGAUCUGAGUGCUGAGCACGAAAAGCUCAUGCCUCUGCUUUUUAAGAACUUGGCCAGUGCUAUGCAGGAGUACAAGGGUGAGGAGGAUGGCCCCACUAUUGAUAUCAUGAAGGCCGGUAUCAGCGCCAUUGAUGCCGUUGUUGAUGGCUUGGACGAGAAGGACGUCGCUCCUUACCAGGGCGAGCUCGUUCCCAUCUUGCACAAGCUCUUCAAGCACCCCGACUUCAGAAUCAAGGGCUUGACUGCCGGAGCUCUGGGUUCCCUUGCCUCCUCCGCCGGCGAGUCUUUCCUCCCCUACUUCGAUGAUUCCAUGCACCUUCUGCAGGAGUUUGCCACCGUCAAGGACAGUGAGGAGGAAUUGGACCUGCGCGCUAGUGUCACCGACGCGAUGGGUGAAAUGUCCGCUGCCGCCGGUGCCGAGCGUUACCAGCCCUACGUCGAGCCCCUCAUGCGCGCCACCGAGGAGGCCCUCCACCUCGACCACUCCCGUCUCAAGGAGAGCACCUACAUCUUCUGGGGUGCCAUGUCCAAGGUUUAUGGAGAGCACUUCGCUCCCUUCCUUGAUGGUGUCGUCAAGGGCCUUUUCGCUUGCAUUGAGCAAGACGAGACUGACCUGGACGUCUCCCUUGGUGAGGCCGCCAAGGACCUUGUUGGCCAGGAGGUGAUCAUCGCUGGCCGCAAGGUCAAGGUUGCCAGUGCCGACGAUGACGACGAGCCCGUUGGAGAGGAUGGCGGUAUCGAGGACGUUGAUAUCGAUGAUGAGGAUGCUUGGGACGACAUCACCGCCACCACCCCCUUGUCCUUGGAGAAGGAAAUCGCCGUUGAGGUCAUUGGUGAUCUCGUCACGCACACUAAGAGCGCCUACCUGCCUUACUUCGAGAAGACCAUUGAGCAGGUCCUGCCUCUGGCUGAGCACCCGUACGAGGGUGUUCGCCGCAGCACCAUCAGCACCCUACACCGCUCGUACGCGAUGCUCUUCGCUAUUGCCGAGGAGACUGGCCAAAUGGCUAAGUGGAAGCCCGGUCUGCCUCUGCAGGUCGAGCCCGCCAAGGAGGUCAAGAAGUUUGGCGAAAUUCUGAUGACCGCUACCAUUAAGAUGUGGACUGAGGAAGAUGAUCGCAUGCCGAUUCCAAUGAUGAACACACUCGUUUACCCAGCUCACUCAGACGCGCAAAAUGCGGCUACUGUCGCUGAUAUCAACCGUAACAUGGCUGAGAACUUGCGCUACUGCGGUCCUUCUCUGAUUGCCAACGAGACCACUCUCCACAACGUCAUCCAGAUGGUCACCGACAUCAUCACGAAGAAGCACCCUUGCCAGCUUGAAUUUGGCCCCGAAGAGGAGACUCUUGAGGCCGGUGAGGAGACUUCUGAGUUCGACUGGGUUGUUGUUGACACCGCCCUUGACGUCGUUUCCGGUCUCGCUGCCGCUCUGGGCGAGAGCUUCGCCGAACUCUGGAAGGUAUUUGAGAAGACCAUCCUGCGCUACGCCGGCAGCACUGAGGCCCUGGAGCGUGCCACCGCCGUUGGUGUCCUUGCCGAGUGCAUCAACGGUAUGGGGGCUGGUGUCACUCAAUUCACUCGUCCUUUCCUGAAGCUCCUCAUCCACCGCCUGGGCGAUGAGGAUCCUCAGACCAAGUCCAAUGCUGCCUAUGCUGUUGGCCGUCUUGUCGAGCACUCCACCGCAGACGCUGAGAUCGUCAAGGAGUACCCUACCAUCCUUUCCCGGCUGGAGUCGUGUCUGCAGAUGAAGGUCUCUCGCCUUCAGGACAAUGCUACUGGAUGUCUCAGCCGUAUGAUCCUCAAACACCGUGAGGCCAUCCCUCUCAAGGAGGUUCUCCCCGUUCUUGUCUCCAUCCUCCCCCUGAAGAACGAUUACGAGGAGAACGAGCCCCUGUUCCGCAUGAUCUGCCAGAUGUACAAGUGGGAAGAUCCCACCAUCCGGGAGCUCACCCCGCAGUUCCUGCCCAUCUUUCAGUCUGUCCUUUGUGGCGAUUCGGACCAGCUUGAGGAUGAGCGCCGCGCCGAGCUCAUCGAGCUUGUCAAGUGGCUGAAUCAGAUGCAGCCCGGCGCUGCCCCUUGGGUUGAGCAGCUGUAA